AUGGUGUCCGCAGCCGAAAAAUACUACAUCAAAGAUGCGAUCACGAAAUCAGCCAUCCACCACGAGUCAUUCCAGAAACUGUGGGAAACGAAAUGGAAGGGCCCUUGCGCAAUGGGAGUCUAUCCAUUCAUGUUCGGCAGCAUCAAGGACUUUGAGCCGAUCGCGGAGGAGAUCAUCAAGAAAGGCUUGAAGGAGCCGUUCGACUGGGACGAGUAUGCGCAGAUAUAUUUCCCCAAGGCCGAAGAACUCAGCAAGAUCGCUGAAGAGGCGGAGAAGGCGGGCGAGACUGAGAAGGCCUCAGAGUAUUACCUGCGGAGCUCGGCCGUCUACCGUAUCUCGCGCUUCCCUACACCUCGGUCAGAGAAACAGAAAUAUGCCUGGAAGGUUGGAAAAGAGAUGUUCUACAAGGGCGCAGCUAUGUUAGAGCACCCUAUCAAAGAGGUUCGGAUACCUCACAAGCAUGCCGUUCAAGGAGAGGGGGAUGUCGUCCCCGUCAACCUUCUCGUUCCUCCGGGUGCCUCUGCGGAGUCUCCUGCUCCAUGUGUCCUCAUUAUCACCGGACUAGAUGGUUACCGAACCGAAUUGGCAGUGUGGCAGGAGGGCUUCCUUCAAAAAGGAGUGGCUACGAUCGUCGCCGAGAUCCCAGGGACUGGCGAUUCUCCGGCCCUUCGUCAGGAUCCCACAAGCCCUGACCGUCAAUGGUCCAGCGUCCUCGACUGGAUCGACACACAAAAGGAAAUCGACAACAAGAAGAUCAUUGUCUGGGGCUUCUCGACUGGUGGCUACUACUCGCUUAGAGUAGCCCACACCCACCAUGACCGAAUCUUCGCCAGCAUCAGCUUAGGUGGCGGAUGCCAUCACAUGUUUGAUAGGGAGUGGCUUGAGAACGUGCAUAAUCUCGAGUAUCCUUUCGAUCUCUCCAGCACCCUGACGUACAAAUUUGGCUAUCCCGACCUGGAAUCUUUCAUCCAAGACGCUGGCAAAUUCUCGCUGUUGAAUGACGGCACUCUAGAAAAACCCUGCACCAAGGUAUUACUAGUCAACGGCAACGAUGAUGAAAUCUUUCCGAUCGAUGACCUGUUUGUGGCACUGGAACACGGCAACCCAAAGUUGGCCAGAAUGGUCAAGGGCAAAAAACAUAUGGGAGAACCGGACAGCUUCUUCAUCAUCUUGAAAUGGAUAUAUGGACUGCUCGGUCUGCAAGGUAACAUCAUGGACCAGAUGAAACUGUUGCCCUCGCGCACGAAGUAUUAG